ACAUUAAUCCACUUAACAAAUUGAGGUGGAAAACCUUUUUGAGAAGCCGAUUGAGAAUGAAUUCUCUAUAAAUCCUAUUGAAAGCUUUAUGGAUAUCAAAUUUGGCACAGAAGAAUUUAUUAGCCUUCUUAAGAUUAAACUCUCCAAAGAUUUCAGAUGCAAGCAGAAUGUUAUCACAAAUAGAUAUAUGAGCUAGACUAUGCAAACUAAUUCAGCAGAGUACCUUCUUGUCCAUUUAGGCGAGUAAGCUUCGUCCGCGUUUUGGUCGUGCGUGUGAUUUCUGUGAGAAAACAAGAUCGUGAGAAGAAGAGAAAGAAAGUCCAUCUUCUGCAACACCCAACUACUACCCCGUCUGCUCUCUGUCCGACGCCGUCGGCUGCGGCUUCCACCAACUUAAUAUCCAUUAGAGAGACUCGCCUAUGAUUCAUCUCAAUCACAUCGUUUUAUCCUUUUCUCAUGCAGGCUAAAAUUGGAGCUCAGAACUUCAUACUUGUACACAGCAUUUUCUUGGUAUUCGUUGCAAGUGUUAUCAGCCAUGGACCGAGCACCAACACUAGAAAUAUUAGCUCGAGAACCUGAAGGAUUCUCCAUUUGGAAUGGGCCUCCAUUCAAUAAUGGUCAACCAAAUGUCAAACUUGAGAGAGUUUCUUGCACUGCUGCGAAGUACUGUGAAAGCGGUUCAAGGCUUAUGGUGAUGGAAAGUAGCUCAUCAAUUUGUGUUUAUGAUUGCAACACUUCCACGAAGAUCAAAUCCUUUGAUAUCCCUGCUGUUUCUGCUUCCACUCUGUCCCCAUGUGGAACUUUUAUCCAGACAUUCCAAAAAUCUACUACACCACAAGAGAAGAAUGUGGUACUCUGGCUGAUAGAAAAUGGAGCUGCUGUUUAUCAGCACUUUCAGAAGAAUAUGACUAAAACCACAUGGCCCGCAAUUCAAUUUAGCUCUGAUGAAUCCAUUGCCUGUCGGAUGGUAACAAAUGAGAUACAAUUUUUUGAUGGGAAGGAUUUUACCAAAGGAAUCAUAUAUAGGCUGAGAGUACCUGGUGUGAUGGCAAUAGAGCUUUCAAAGACUCCUGGGUCUCAUAUUGCUGCAUUUGUUCCAGAAUCAAAGGGUGUUCCUGCCAGUGUCCAGAUCUUUUCUUGUAAACAAGAUGCGCAGGCUCAUCCUAUUGCUAGAAGAAGCUUCUUCCGGUGCUCAAGCAUACAACUACAUUGGAACCAUGGUUCUACAGGUCUUCUAGCUGUGGCCCAGUCUGAUGUGGACAAAACGAACCAGAGUUAUUAUGGAGAGUCUAAGUUGAACUACCUGACAACCGAUGGCAGUCAUGAGGGACUUGUUCCACUUAGGAAGGAGGGUCCCAUUCAUGAUGUUCAAUGGUCACCCUCAGGUUUGGAAUUUGCCGUUGUCUAUGGAUUUGUUCCCUCCAGAGCAACGAUAUUUGACCACAAAUGCCGCCCAUUGCUUGAGCUGGGUUCAGGCCCAUACAAUACAAUCAGAUGGAAUCCGAAAGGGAAAUUUAUAUGUUUGGCAGGAUUUGGCAACUUGCCUGGUGAUAUGGCAUUUUGGGAUUAUUCAGAGAAAAGAUUAAUUGGAACCACAAAAGCAGAGUGCUCUGUUAGUAGUGAAUGGUCUCCAGAUGGACUCUAUUUUAUGACUGCUACAACGGCACCAAGGCUACAAAUAGACAAUGGGAUUAAGAUCUUCCACUAUAAUGGGUCUUUAUAUUUUAAGAAAAUGUUUAACAAGUUGUACCAGGCUGAUUGGAAGCCGGAAGCACCUGAAAAAUUUGGCGAUAUUAUGGAUCUUGUCAAGUCUGUUUCCAUCAUAAAGAUUGAUGAAACAAAAACACAAGCAAAUACAUCGCAAGCAGCAGCCAAGGUUUCCAUGAACACAUCACAAGCAGCAACAAAGGUUUCCACAAAUAUAAUGCAGAAACCUGUAGCAUAUCGUCCACCACAUGCUAAGAAUGCUGCUGCUGUUAAGGCAGAGCUUUUUGGAGGAAUAUCUUCUUCAGAAGAAAUAAACAAAAAUGCAAUGAGAAAUAAGAAACGCAGAGAAAAACAGAGGGAAAAGAAGGCUGCUGAAGCGUCCACUGCUGCGUCUGAUGACAAUUAAUUGCAGAUUUCCUAUUUUUGUAUUGCUUUGGCAUUCUGGGAGUUGAGAUCUUAGAGUAGGAGCUAUAGAUGAACAAAUUCCCUUGACGAGUUAUUUAAUUUUUAUUUCGGCAACGAAUAAAUUGAAUAUUUUUAAUCUUAAGCAUUCAUCAUCUUGAGACCCAUGUGAGUUCACUAAAUUCAUCAUCUUGUAAUAAUGUAGGUGAUAAUGCAGACAUUUCACAUACAAAAAUUCAUUAUAUUGUGAACGUGCAGGCCGCAUGUGUUUGUGAUUCGAUUGAUACUUUAAAUCUUAAGCAUUCAUUAAUUGUAUCAA